AUGCGAGGAAGGGGGCGAGGUCGAGGACGUGGAGGGUUCACAGCAAUUAGCUUCAAAAAGGUCCCCUUUAAGCCCAUAGACACUUACCCCUAUAAUCCCAAUUGCGAGUUGACCCCGGCCCUGACUGAAGUAGAGAAGGAGUUGAUAGUGUUCAAUAGGCUGCUCAAGCGGUAUGCGAAUGAAUCGGAGGACUAUACGAGAGAACAUGUAGAACAGAAGCUCGUGAAUAGUUACGAGAACCAGUUCGAGGUGGGAUUUAAAGACCCGGAUGCGCAGCGUCGACUCAUCGUCGAGGGGGUUGGUCCAGAGUACUUUCCAGCGGAACUGCUGGGCGCAGCACUGAAUCCGAGUUUACAAAAAUUGGGAGCUAGCAAGAAAUCGAUUAAUUGGGCUUUGCUGGAGUCGAAAGGUGGCGCAGAAGAAGAAACUGCAAGAGGUGACGGGGUGUUUGACGAAGAAGAGAAUGCAGAGGAAGAGGAGGACUUUGGAGGUGACGACUACGGGGCCGACCACUACGGUGAAGAAGACCGAGAGGACGAAUUCCAGGACGACGGAGGGAACGACUUUGACGAGUGA